AGCAUCCACAGGACUAUAUAUUGAUGUUAUUGAUAUUUUCCGCGAGGUGUGAGAUGCGGGGCUCUUGAAGAGCACGCAAAGGUUUCUCCUUCUGUCCGGUUUCUCCCAAACAAAAUGGCAGUGGAAAAGCGCUUGGCGUAUUCUAUCGUCCAGUUCCUGAGAGAUCAGACUCACUGUGGCUCGCUGAAUUCAGAUGAACAGGAAAGUCUGGAAGUUGCAGUACAGUGUCUGGAGACCACUUUCAAGAUCAGCUCCAGCGACUAUCAUCUUGCCGCCCCUCAGCCGCUGAGAGAGAUAUUCCUCAAUUCCCUCCUCAAAAAUGAUAUUGUUACGCUACCUGAGACGUUUCCAUCUCCAGAGGACAUCGAGAGAGCUGAGCAGCUGAAAAAUGAGGGGAAUAACCACAUGAAAGAGGAGAAUUACAGCAGUGCUGUGGACUGUUACACAAAAGCCAUCGAGUUGGACCAAAGAAAUGCAGUGUAUUACUGUAACAGGGCUGCGGCACAUAGUAAACUUGGGAAUUACACGGAGGCUACGGGAGACUGUGAACGAGCGAUCGCCAUCGACCCGUCAUACAGUAAAGCUUAUGGCAGAAUGGGAUUGGCACUAACUUCCAUGAGCAAGUAUCCCGAGGCGAUCUCUUAUUUUAAUAAAGCUCUGGUGUUAGACCCUGAAAACGACACCUACAAAUCCAACCUAAAGAUAGCAGAGCAGAAACAAAAAGAAGCUGCCAGCCCUACGGCCACAGGACUGGGCUUUGACAUGGCCAGCCUCAUCAAUAACCCCGCUUUCAUUAGCAUGGCUGCCAGUGUGAUGCAAAACCAACAAGUGCAACAACUCAUGUCGGGCAUGAUGUCUAACGCGGUGGGGGGACCUGCAGCCGGAGUCGGUGGAUUAUCUGACAUAUCCAGUCUCAUUGAAGCUGGACAGCAGUUCGCCCAGCAGAUCCAGCAGCAGAAUCCAGAACUGAUCGAACAGCUGAGGAACCACAUCCGGAGUCGCUCCUUCAGCGGCAGCGCCGAGGAAACCUCCUGAUCCCAGCAGACAGGAUCAAGGACGGGCAGGCGGAGAAGAGUCGUAGGUGCAAUCGUUUAAAUCAUUCUUCUAUUCUACUCCAACCCAAGAUAGAGGGCAUGGCACUUUAUAUGGAGAAAUCAGGAGGGAAGAGGAAAAUACACCUUGUACACAGAGAACGGUAUCUUAAUACCCGAGUGAGGUUUCUUUGUGUUUGUGUGUGUAGAUAAUGUUUCAGUCCUCUCUUUAUGAAUGUAGCUGGUAACGACACAUCAGAGUUGAGUUUAUUUUACUAAACGAAUGAUUGGUCAUAUGUUUGUGCCUAUUAACUAGAUGUGGGGCCAUGCUUAUUAAUAUCCAAUCACAUUUUUAGGGAAAGUUCAGUCCUAAAAUGACAAUUCACUGUUGGUUGUAACAUCAUGAGGGUGAGUAAAUGAUGACAGAAUUGUCGUUUUUUUGGGUGAACUACCCCUUUAACACAUACUCUGAUUAUUUUUACUAUAUAUUCUGUUCGUUUUAGGAACAAGAGACGUUUAUGUGUAAUAAUCACUAUAUCAGCUGCUUCACCAGUCCUGUUUGUUUAGUCGUUUGAUUCAUCGGUAAUGACAGCCAAAUAUCAUCUCACUGUUUGCGGUUUUCUUUUGCAUGCUCCAUAAUCUGAUAUUUGCAGUCAGAUGAGUGAUUGAAGCUUAUGUAAUAUGCUUAUAAAACAGAGCAGUAUGAUGUUUUUGUCAAAAAAUAAUGUUAAUAAAUGGGUCUUGAAAUUGA